AUGGGAGACACAGUUGAGCCAACCUUGGCCCAACUCAUGGCCGCGAUCCAAGGCCUUACCAACCGUAUGACCCAGCUUGAGAACCAGCAGAACCAAGAGACCGAGAACACGACCGAGAGUAGUACCGAUCCGGCUCGCGCCAACCUUAACCAGAACAACCGCAACGGUAACGGACAAGCCCGUGAUCAAAAUGAACCAUGCCAAAACUGCGACGGCCUCCACAAUGGCACAAACGAGGCCCGAACCGAGAAGAAGACGAGCCAUGGCAUGGUGGGAAGAGUUUGA